AUGCCGCAUCUGCCAAGGGUGCCUGCGUUCCCCAUUGCGGGCGAGCGCAGUUUGCUCACCGCCGCAGGCGCUGCACUCAAGAUCCCCGCCAAGGAAAAAGACUCGCCGCUCAUCGGACACUUUGCCCCGGAAAUCAUCGCCACCGAUCAUCUCGGACGCACGGUGUCGCUGCAUGCCACCAUUGCACUCGGUCGACCCAUCGUGCUGUACUUCUUCCCGCUCGCAGGAUCGCCACACUGCACCAAGGAGAGCUGUUCGUUUCGAGACGCGGUCGGUGCAUCGCCCAUCUUCAACGAUCUCAACGCGGUGGUGAUUGGGAUCUCGCAGGACCCCCCUGCUCGUUCGCGCCGGUUUGUCGACGAACACCAUCUCGGCUUCCGCAUCCUGCACGACUCGCAGCGACACAUCAUGGACGCUUGGGGUGUAGGUCGCGGCUUGCUGGGCUUGAUCGAUGGACGGUGUACGUUUGUUAUCGACCACCAGGGUGUGGUCCGAGCCAUGUUGGAUGGGGUCUGGGACUAUCAGGGCCACCGGAACUUUGCGGAAAAGUGGCUGUGUCGGAUCGAACACGAGCUGUCGGGCAGGGAGAGGUUCUACAUCGCGCACGACGACGAGGGUGUGGCGUGCGAAGAGGCCAACGUCAAGGUGGUCUAUGGCGAUCCCGUACCUGGACGGGGAAUUGCAGCUGCACCGCGACAUGGAGCGGCACCGUCGGCGAAAAGCUCACUCAAGUCGCUCAAGCCGACAGCCACGAGUCUGCAGGACGAACAGUCGAUGGGUAGGGCGAGGUCGAGACGCAAUCUCAAGGCGUGGUUACGGCCCAACGCGAGCUACGAUGAGCCUCUCCAAGUCGAGGCUGUAAGCGCGCCUGCGCGGGGGGAGGAAGAGACAAGAUCGGUGGAUGGCGUGGCUGCACGCGUGCGCUCACUCAGGCUCGACGAGGAAGGCAAGGAGCAAGAGUGUCCGCGCUCGAGACGGGGAUCUGGUUCCGGCUCGGGGUGGGCUACGUCCUCAACCAUCUCGGCUCGGUCCAUAUCCACGGGCGAGACGAGUCACACCUCGCCUGCGCCGGCGGAGCCUGCAGCGCUGCUGGCGGCGCUCAAGGACGGCGUCGAGGGCGAGCGCGUGCGGCGGCGUGUGGAUUCGGCAACACCCAGCAUAGUGGGCAGAUCCAGCUCACUGCGCUCGCAAGAGGUGUUUGCCAACGGCAACAUUGCACGCAUGCCGCUCACGGGCAGCAGCGACACGCGCCCCCGACGCGACGUCUCUGCCGACACGACCUUUUCCUCAUCCUCGCUCCCCGUGCCACCGAGGCCAGCCGCUCGGCUUGUGGGUGGAGUCGUGGCAGCCGCCGCCGAAGCACGGCUGGACGCAAGCAGGUACGAUGCCGCCCUACCCUCGUCGCCGAUCGAACCGGGAUCGACAGACGCACCCCGACUGCGCAAGCCCGCGUCGCCAGCACGAACAAGGGGCAUGCCCAGUCCCUCGACAAGUGGCGCCAACUUUGUGUGGACCGAAAGGAGACUGUCCAAUACGCCGAGUUUGGCAGCCUCGACGGCGAGUGUGUGCGAACGCAGCGAGUACGAAUACUCGCCCUCGCUGGCGGAAAGCACGCACACCUUUGGCGGACUCGAUGAAUAG